AUGAGCCGGCCUGCUGGUAAUCCGUCAGUGGAAAGAAAUCCUGAAUGUAUUAGUGCUUCGUUCCUGGAACGAAAUGAUACAAAUGGUUUAAUGCGUCUCUGUUGUCAAGGUUUGCCAUCAACUACGUUACCACCACAUUUUCCCAAAGAAUGUGGUAAACAAUUGUACGCUCCAUUAGAACAACGUAUUAUUGGUGGUUCUGUUGUAAACCACAUUCUUUCAUCACUCAUUGAUAUCUUUCAGCCGUGGCAUGUUUUAGUACAUGGAACAGCUCAUUCAUGUAGUGGAACUUUGAUUGAUGAACGACAUGUUCUUACAGCAGCACAUUGUAUUAUAGCAAACCAAAAUUUUACAGUUACUGUCGGUAUACAUGAUGUAACUGCACCUCAUUUUAUUGAACAGAAAAUACGCGUGGAAAAGAUCUAUGUACAUGAAGAGUAUGAUAGCGUGAAAGCAUCCAAUGAUAUAGACAUCCUGUAUUUAUCAAAAUCUGUUGAAGUUACAGAUAAAGUAAACUUUAUCUGUCUUCCAGGUCCAGAAGCGAGCAUAGGAGAAAAAGUUUAUGUUGGUAAGACAAGAACCUAG